AUGGGUUCUUUUAAAAAAUUAAAACUUUCAACUCCGUCAACUGCAGAAUUUCAAAGAGGCUCUAUUGUUAAAAUUAGAUUGGAAAAUUUUGUUAUUUAUCAAUUUACGGAAUUUCAUUUAUCUCCUAGCUUAAAUAUGAUUAUUGGUCCUAACGGUAGCGGUAAAUCCACUUUUGUAUGUGCUGUUUGUCUAGGUUUGGCUGGUAGACCAGAAUUUAUAGGCAGGGCGAAAAAAGCACAGGACUAUAUUCGCAAUGGAUGCAAUUCUUGUAAAAUUACCAUAUAUUUAAAAAACAACCCUGAAGUUUUAACUGAAUUCCAUUCAUUGAUUAAAGAGUCAGAUGAUCUCAUUGAAAUCACAAGGAAAAUUUUUAAAAACGAAGGUUCUGGUAAUAAUAAACAGAAAAAUCAAUAUUUCAUUAAUGGCAUUUCAGUUCCUGAAAAUAAAGUAAAAGAAAUAAUUAACAAACUAAAGAUCCAAUUAGAUAAUCUAUGUCAAUUUUUAUCUCAAGAACGUGUUGAAGAGUUUGCUAGGUUGAAAAAUGAAAAAUUGUUGUAUGAAACCAUGAGAUCUAUUGACCCUGAUUUAGUCGAUAUUUUGGAAAAAUUAAAAGAAAUCGAAGUUUUGGAACAGGAACAACAACAAAAAUUAAAGAAUAAGUUAAAAAGAAAAUCGGAAUUGAAUGAAAAAUUAGAACACUUACAACAGGCUGCACAUGCGUUACAAUUAUACAAGCAAAAAUUAGAACAAAUUGAUUUAAACAGGAAAUUAAUACCUUUUGUUAAAUAUAGUGACCUUGAAAAAGCCAAAAAUGACGCCAAAAAAGCUAUGAUUGCUACAAAAGAAGAACAUGAUGCAUUAUUAGAACGUUUUGAGCCAGACCGAGAACGUUUGCAAACUUUAAAUCAACAGUUAGAUCUUCCUAUGGCUAAAGUUAAUAAAUAUAAAAAAAAAUUUCAGGAAGCACAUUCUAUGUUAGAAGAUUUUGUAACUUCAAUUGAUAAAAACCAAGAACAAAUUAAAACUAAAUUAAAACAAAUUGAAUAUUACAAUACUCGACAUAUCAAGCAAAAAGAGGCCAUCAAGCAAAAGACAUUCGAAAAACAUCGUAUCACUCAAGAAAGAGACAUGAUAGAAACAAUAUCUAAUGAGGAAAUCGAAUCACUUUUACAACAACGCAAACAUUUUGGUACUGAAAUUAAUCAAUUGGAAUCUCAAAAACUUGAUGUUGAAAGAGAAAUCAAAAACUAUAUUAAUAAUAUCAACAAACUAAAAAGCGACAUGGUCCGCCUGAAAAGGGAUCAAGAAUCUAAUGACACAAUUCAUAUCUUGAAUGACCGCAGUGUCUCUGACAAUGUCAAAAAUGCUGUCCACUUUUUGCGCGAUCAUAUGGAUGAAAUGAAAGGCUCCGUUUUAGAACCCCCUGUUAUGGCCGUUAGUUCCCAAGAUGAUAUAUACGCCAAUUAUUUAGAUUCCAUUGUGGAUAGAUCCACCGCCUUGUCUUUAACAAUGGUUGAUGCAAGUUGUUAUAAUAAGUAUUCUGACGUGUUUUUGAACAAAUUCGGUAUUGGUUUAAGACAGUUGGGUAAUAAAAAGUUACCUGAACCACAAAUUUCUUCUCAAAAUUUGAGGUCUAAAUAUGGGUUUGACGGCUACCUAGACGAAUUUUUACAAGGUGACCCCAUGGUAAUUCAGAUGUUGUGUGAACAAAAUAUGAUCAAUCAAAUCCCCGUUAGUAAAAACGCGUUAAGUAGACAAAUGUAUGAAAAAUUACUAACUGUCAGUCCACAAACUGGCCGUCCGCUGUUUCCUCGAGUAAUUGCUGGCGGCACAGUUUAUAACUUUAGGGUUUCUAAUUAUGGUGAUAGACAAGUUUUUUCAAAUGAUUAUAACACAAGGCAAACAAAUUUUUAUAAGGGCAAUGUUAUUUCUUCCGAACACAUUGAAUUAAGUCAAAGGAAAAUUAAUGAAAAAAAACAGAAAGUCAUUGCUGUUGAAGGUGAAGUUAAAAAAAGACGACAAACUGUUAAUGAAUAUCAAUCAAACAUUGUUGAAUUGAAGGCUAAGGCUUUGGAGUGUAAAAAUGAAUACAGCGCUCUGCAGGCAAAAAAUAAGCGAUGGAAUAAUUUAAAUAAUGCAAUCCACCAAAAAAGCGCUGAAAUCGAAAGAAUGACGCAAAAUUUAAAUAAGGAUGCCUCCUCGAAAAUCCAAGAAUUACAAAAUGAGAUAAAAGAACAUUUGGAAGAUACUGUCACUUUACAAAACAGCAAAUUUGACACUCUUGAAACCAUGGAAAAAAUCAAAAAGAGGGCAUUGGUGUACUUAGCUAAUCGGUGGGAAAUUUCCAACAGAUUAUAUUUUGCUAAAGAGCAAUUUAGUAACGCGGAACAAGAAAUUAAUACUUUGGCUGAUGAAUUCAAUGAAAAAAAGGAGAUCUACAAAAAUUUAAAGAAUAAUAAAGAGACGAAAGCUUGGAGGAAACAAGUUCAGUCAUACUCCGCAGAAUUGAACGAAAAAUUGAAGGCAAUGAUCGCAGAAUACCAAGAAGAAGACAAAUUCGAUGAGCGUAAUAUCAAUAAUACCAUCAAUAUUUUGCAGGAUGAAAUCUCCAUGUCCAACCAUGACAGGUCUGCCGCAAAAGUCUUGAAAGAAGUUGAAUUAGAAUUGGGGAAUUUGGAACAACAAAUCCCACAACAGGAACAAGAAUUGCAAAAUUUGAGAACUAAGCUUAAAUCCGGCAAGGACAUUUUUGAACCGAGGGCGAGUGAAAUUGUAUCUAAAAUUUCAAAAAGAUUUUCCACAUUGUUUACUAGUGUUGGUAGUGCUGGCGAAGUGCAAUUAGUUAGGGAGAACUCUUUCAGAGACUGGAGAAUAGAGAUCUUGGUCAAAUUUAGAGACAAUGUUCCGUUAAAAGUUUUAGACUCCCACACCCAAUCUGGUGGCGAAAGAGCGGUUUCCACGGUUUUAUAUAUGAUUGCAUUGCAAGAGUUCACUACAGCUCCAUUUAGGGUUGUUGAUGAAAUCAAUCAAGGUAUGGAUGCUAAUAAUGAGAGAAUUGUCCAUAAAGCAAUGGUGGAGAACGCAUGUUCUGAAAAAACAUCACAAUACUUUUUGAUUACUCCUAAAUUGCUAACAGGAUUGUAUUACCAUCCAAAAAUGAGAAUACAUUGUGUUGUUGCAGGUAGUUGGAUUCCAAACCCUUCAAAAGAGCCCGAAAAGGUUCAUUUUGGUGAAACUUCCAGUUAUGUUUUGUAA